ACCCUCUCAUAGGUGCUCACACUUAACAAGAACACCUGAACAACAGAGGAGGAGCUUCUUUACCUGGAUCUGAAGUGGUUUUGUUUGCCUCCUACUGAGUUUUGUGUCUGAGAAGAGAAGAGACAAUAAGCCAGCAUGUCGAUGGGUAUGGAGAUCGUGGGCAUUUCCCUUGGAGCCCUAGGUUUCAUCAUUGCAAUAGUGACAUGUGCCCUGCCAAUGUGGAGGGUUUCAGCCUUCAUUGGAGCCAACAUCAUCACCGCUCAGAACGUCUGGGAGGGUUUAUGGAUGAACUGUGUCACACAGAGCACAGGCCAGAUGCAGUGUAAAGUUUACGACUCCAUGCUGGCCUUGCCUUCAGAGCUGCAGGCAUCCAGAGCGAUGACCAUCAUCUCCAUCAUACUGGGGGUGCUCGGCAUCAUGAUCUCUAUUGUUGGGGCCAAAUGCACCAACUGCAUCGAAGACGAGGCAUCCAAGGCUAGAGUGAUGAUUGUGGCAGGAGUCCUCUUUGUCCUUGCUGGCCUUUUGGUCCUCAUCCCUGUAUCCUGGACUGCCAGCGUCACCAUCCGAGAUUUCUACAACCCCAUUGUGCCAUCUGCUACGAAGAGGGAGCUGGGGGCCUCACUCUACAUCGGCUGGGGAGCCGCCGCCUUGCUCCUUAUUGGUGGAGCGAUGCUGUGUGCCAGCUGCCCGCCAAAAGAAAAGAAGUAUAAGCCACCAAGAAUGGCUUAUUCUGCCCCCCGCAGCACCAGCGGUGGAGGAUACGACAGGAAGGAUUAUGUAUGAGUGAACAAGGAGGCUGAAAAAAUGAUCUGGAACAUCAGAUAUUUAAAGUGUAUCUUGUUUUUUUGCACAUAAGUUCUGUGUGUGUGUUAUUCUUGCUGUCUGAAACGAUGGGGUGAAACCCACGAAAAGACUCCGAGUUGAAGGGAUGUAUGUGUAAAUAUUGAUCUCUUUGCUUCAUCUGAGGUGUUUAUUGCUAUAGUUUUAAAACAAUUGCUGUGCAUUAAUUCCUUAAGUGUUUCUUGUUUUAGAUCCUUGAUUUAAUGCCUAUUUUCCUAUGUAAAUUUUGUAUUCAUUUCUGUGGCAUUACGUGUAUUUAAGAAAACACCUGCUUUUUCCGUGUGUGCUGCUCUAUAAUUAGCUUUUGGCUUGCUGGUGUCCUGUUUCACUGAAACUUUCAGUUAAAAUGCUGUGUGUCAUUUCACUAACAAUGACAAGGAAGAGCCAGCUCUCAUUUUACAUGGAUUUGGUUGUGUGAUUGUUCAGUGUGUAAGUGAGUGUGCGUGUGUAUGUGUGUUUUGCAUGUAUUAUUUGCUUAGGAAAGUUUCUGCUGAGACUGAAACUGUAGAUGGCUUCAUGAUAUGGCCUCAGGAAAAAAACUUUUUUUUCUUCCUUACAGUUUCACAGUUUGAGGUCAUUUUUUUCAGUUUGGACAAAAAGUUACUGUUAAUGUGUAAAUUUAUUUUGUAUUUCUGUAAUAAAAUGUACUUAUAUUGUAUUUGUAACCCAUAUAUUCUCUGAUACUGUGCUUUAAAUUGUAUCUCUUAAUUUUUCCACAUUUUGCGUGUUUUCUUUCAUGUGAAGUUUUAAACAACUGUUUCAACAACUUUAAAAGACCUGUAAGUGUGUGUUUUGGGUAGAUGACACCCUACAAUAAUAGGAUAUUUGUUUUCUGAUAAGCAGCAGGAUGUUACUAUGAAGUUACAAAUACACUAUAUGUUUUAUUUAUCUUCAGUUGCUUUUAAUCAGAUUUUGACUGUUUAACCACAUUAUCUCAGAUCAUAUUUACAAAUGUUCAACCAACAAAUUAUUCAUAAUUCAAAAUGUUUUGAUUGCUCCAAAUUUCAAUAAAAGUCACAUUAAA